AUGGCACGGCCGGUUAAGAGGCAAGCACAAGGAGCAGGAGGAGCAGCGGAUGACAUUAAGGAGGAACACCUUUUGGCUUUCAUUGUGAAGGACAAAUAUAGUAAUGAACAACAAUGCAAAGAAGAACUCAAGAAAUAUUGUGAAGAGUUGAAGAAAAUAGAUGGUGGUUCCGAUGUGAAUGAUAAAGUUAAAGGACUUUGUGGUGGUGAUGAUAAAAAACGAGACGAAAAAUGCACAGGCCUGAAAGCCAAAGUUGAAGCAGAAAUAGAUAAUUUUGAUGCAGAACUUCAAGAUGAAUUAGGAAAAUUAAAAGAUGAAGAUUGUAAAAAAUAUGAAGAAAAAUGCAUACUUUUAGAAGAGACGGAUUAUGAUGAUAUUAAGAAUGACUGUGUCAAGUUGAGGGAAGGAUGUUACGAAUUGAAGCGUAAAAAGGUGGGAGAGGAGCUCCUUUUGAGGGCGCUCGGAAAGGAUGUUAAAAAUGGUGAAUGUGAAAAAAAGAUGAAAGAUGUUUGCCCAGUGUUAAGCCGAGAAAGCGACGAAUUGAUGUCUUUUUGCCUUGAUCCAACUAAAACAUGUCAAGCGCUGAAAAAAAAAUCAGAAGAAGUUUGCAAGCUUUUAGAAAAAGAAUUGGAUAAGAAAAGUUCAGAAAAAUGUCAUGAAAGACUUGAGAAAUGUCAUUUUUACGGAGAAGCGUGUACUCAAACAAAGUGUGAUGAGGAUAAGAAGCAGUGCGAGGGAAAAGGAUUCACAUAUAAAGCGCCAGAAUCUGAUUUUAGUCCGGUCAAGCCGAGGGCGUCGUUGUUGAGAAGUAUUGGGUUGGAUGAUGUGUAUAAAAACGCUGAAAAAGAUGGAAUUCUUAUUGGAAGACAAGGAGUGGAUCUACCAAAGACGUUUGGUGAUAAUUUAGUCCAAGAUCUUUUGCUAGUGUUGAGCCAAGAUGAGAAUGAUAAGAAACCAGAUAAAAAGUGCAAAAAAGCGUUAGAAAAAUGUGAUGCUUCUAAGCAUUUGGAUGAU